GUCAAUUGAGAUACGGCUUUCAGGCAUUUGUUUAGGACAUGCCCAUGGAAGGGGUUCUAAAGGGGCUUGUACGGCAACUGGAGCAGUUCAGAGUUCAACAACAAGCUUCCGAGAUGCCGCCCAAAGGAAAAAGUGGUUCUGGAAAAGCGGGGAAAGGGGGAGCAGCAUCUGGGAGUGACAGUGCUGACAAGAAGGCUCAGGGUCCCAAAGGUGGUGGCAAUGCAGUAAAGGUCAGACACAUUCUAUGUGAAAAACAUGGCAAAAUCAUGGAAGCCAUGGAAAAGUUAAAGUCUGGGAUGAGAUUCAAUGAAGUGGCCGCACAGUAUAGUGAAGAUAAAGCCAGGCAAGGGAUUCCCAGCCUGCAGCAACAUGCUGGUCACCAUAGAGACCUGAGAAGCACCCUCAUCUCAUUGGUAUCAUAUUUACAAACCAACCCUUAAAGUGGAUUAUUUUGCAGAUGGCUGAUCUCAUCUAUUCAAUGUUGAUUCUAUUAGUUCCAAUUUCAGAAGGUGACAUUUUCUGACUUUGUCCCCUUAAGCACAAACAAAAACUAUGGAUUUUUGUUUUUGUUUUCAGAAAAGAGAAAGUACAAGGUGUGCUUGGGGAACAGCAAGGAAACCAGACAGAUGUGGGGGCGGGUUUGUAGGGGAACUGCUGGAUGUACCUCAUUAAUUUGUUCAUUUGUUCAGCACCCACAGUGUGCCAGUGAACGGGCUAGGUGCUGGGGACAGAGUGGUGAACAAGAUGAGCCUUAUGCACCUCACAGUCUCCUGGGGGAGACAGACAAAUAGACAAUUUUAAUACAAUGUGGCAAAUUCUAUGAUGGGAAGAAGAGAGAAAUGGUGUGCGUGAGUCCCUCACCUUCCCAGAGGUUUCCCAGGGGAAGCAACGUUUCAGCUGAGACCUGAAGGAUGGAUGACAGCCCACCAGAAAAAAAGUUAGUGGAGCGGGGACAAGCAGGGUUGCAGAGUGGAAGAAAAAUGUUCCUGUGAGAAGAAACUGUCCAAAGAGUCUGAAGAGAAAAGGGAACAGGGUGAAUCUGAGGCCCUACAAGAAAAAACAGGAGACCAUCCAACAGGAGACGCCCAGGGAGCAGGUGGCUUUGUGGGCCUGAUGUCCAAGAAAGAAGUCGUGGUGGUAAACAGAGACUUGGGAUUGCAAGCUACUGUUGUCUUUCUAUUGAAAAAAUAGCUGAGCACCACACUAGGGAGGCCUUGCAAGGACAGCCCAAAGUAUUUGAACUUGAUUCUACAGGCAGUGAUUUUGAACAAGAGGUUUUGAAGAGAACGUGACACACGUCAAGCUGAGCUCUAGGGAGUGGGCAGCAGCCUGCGGAAGAGGGACUAGGCUAGGAGCACAGAAAGUAGCCCACGGCAGAGGUAGCAGAAGGAAUGGAGGAGUGCCCAUGUGAGGGGUACUGAGGUGGCACACUUGCCAGAAUCAGGGCAGCCUGCUUGGUCUCAUACCAGCUGGAACCAGCUCCUACCAGCUCCCAAGGGCCAAUUGUUAAACUUUCAGGAAUUUUCUCAGCAUUCAUUAAAAAUGAAAAAAAGUAUCAAUAUUAUUUUUGCUGGGCAUGGUGUCUCAGGCCUGUAAUCCCAGCU